AUGAAAGGUCUCCACAACGAGAAUAACAAAAACUACGAACUACUCUUGAAUCAUUCAAAGAAACUCGGCGAAAUGCUUGUAUCUGCGGAGGACUUUGAUACGAUUCUCAGAAUUGGAGAUGAAACCAACAUUCGAACUUUCAGUGCUCAUUCAUUUAUGUUGAGGGCCGUAUGUCCUUAUUUCAAUAAGGCCUUGAAUAAGGAUUGGGCUAAGAAAAAGAAUGGAAUGUUUCUGUUUGAAAAGCAAGACGUGGCUCCGGAGGUAUUUGAAGUCAUACUUGAAUUUAUCUACACAGGUAUAUGUAAUCUGGAAAGCCUUGAAAAUCACCAAAUAAUCGACAUAAUGAUCACGUCAGAUGAACUUAUGCUUACUGAAUUCGUCGAAUUCAUCGAAACAUACCUAAUUGACAAACAUUCCAGUUGGAUAAUUUCUAAUUUUGACCAAAUCGUCUCCGUGUGCUUUAAAUACCUCACAAUGAUGAAAUUGCAAGAAUUUUGUCUAAAAGAAUUAUGCAAAGAUUCCAAGAAAAUAUUUACGGAUGCAAAUUUCAAGAAAAUGGGCGAACCGUUGUUAGUAAAUUUAAUAAAGACGGAUGAAUUAAGUCUCGACGAAGUCGAAAUUUGGGAGAAGGUCAUCGAGUGGGGAAAAUUUCAGGUUUCAAAUCUCCGUAGCAUAAACAAUGCAACAGAACAACCUUCGCGACCUUUAGACGACGACGUAUCGAAAUGGAGUUUGGAGGAUUUCGAAUCAUUAAGAAAUGUGAUUGCUAACUGCAUACCUCACAUAAGAUAUAACCAAAUACACCCAAGAGACUUUCAUACGAAAGUCAAGCCAUACAAAUUACUGCUGCCAAGCGAACAAUACGAAGAAAUUCUUUGGCUAUAUGUAUUUAAUUAUGAAAAUCCACCUGUACCUUCAACUUUACCAUCCUCCUCGAUGGUGCAUUCUCCACCGCGCAAUGGUACGAUAAAGUCAAGAAUAAUAGGACAGAGGCAUGCCGCCUUAAUAGCAGCUUGGAUAUGUCAAGUUGAGAUGUAUCACAAACCUGACAGAAUGACGUACGUGUUUGACCUAAGAAUUCGAGGUACACGAGAUGGAUUCUCGCAUAACACGUUUAAGUCAGUGGCUAACCACGUGGAGAAAACGAUAGUCGUAGCUCGCGUUAAAGGUUCCAGUGAAAUAAUAGGCGGUUACAACCCGUACAGCUGGCGUCACGAUAGGUGCGUUGAUUUCUGGAGACCGGAAUCUAGAACUUUUAUAUUCUCAUUUCCUGACGGGGAGCCAUCUGAAAAAGCCAUAUUUUCCAAGAUAAACCCAGAACAUCAAGAACGCGCAAUGUAUAUACGUAAAGAUGGUGGACCCGAAUUUGGAGAUAUGGAUUUGUAUAUGAGCGAUCAAUUUAACUUGAACACAGGUGUAAGAUGUAGGCAAAGACAUUAUUUGGAAAAGAUUAGGGAAAGCGAAGAGAGUUUUGCCGUUGAUGAAUACGAGAUGUUUCAAGUAAAGAGAAGAUGGGUGUAA